AUGCACUUACCUGCUUUCACUGCGUCAUCCCGCCGGAGAGGUAUCACGGAGACCGCAAUCUUCGACGAGCAUGCCAAGAAGGGGCUUGAUAGAUGGGUGCAACACCCAUUGACAGUGCAUGAUGAUCCUGUCUAUCUUGAUAUCGCGAAGCGUGUUCUUCGCAUCGACCACCCAGCACCUGGAGACCUCAGAACAAACAUUGAAUCCCUCAAUGAGUCCAUUGACAAUACAAAGGACUCUACUUUCUACGCUGCAAAGGCCGAGAUUGAUAAGGGGUCGGAUGGGUGGCUGCCAGGAUCCGCCAGGGCAGAGUAUGAGGCUGCUGUGAAGUGCAUCCGACACUUCGAAACAGAACACGAGGCAUAUAAGAAAAUGCUGAACAGUGGAUCCUACUACCUCGGACACGUUAUUGCCGGAAGUGGGAUGAACCUGUGA